CGCGGACCUCCUGGCGGACGCGCGGCGGGAUUUCCGCGACCUGGGCGCCAGCGACGUGCCCGUGAGCAUGCUGUCGAGCUGGGGCUACGGGCCCAUCUCGGGCGACGGCGUGAUCUUCGCCAACUACUCCCUGCUGGUGGCGGCCCGCGGGGGCGGCGGCGACGACCAGAGCCCCACGAGCUCUCGCCUGGGCCAGGUGAUCGACUGGCUGCGCGGCGGUGCGGGCAGCGCGCAGGGCCUCAUAGCGCUCGACGAGGCGCACUGCGCCAAGAACGUGGGGCAGACCGUCCUGCAGGGCUCCCGGGCGGGCAUGUGCGUCUCCGAGCUGCAGCGCGCGUGCCCCUCCGCGGCCGUGCUCUACGCGAGCGCCACGGGCGCCACGGAGAUCCGGCACCUGGGCUACCUGGAGCGGCUGGGGCUCUGGGGGCAAGGCCGACCCCACGCGACCUUCGAGGAGCUGCGCGCGGCGGUGGAGUCGGGCGGCCUCGCCGCCAUCCGAAGAAGACAGGUCGGCGUGCACGUGUGCUUCGGGGGUCCACGUGGAUAA